CUCCCUCCCGCCGGCGCCGGACACGCCGUGUCUUAUCUCUUGGGGCGCUCUAACCCUUGGCUACCCGUCGCGUCCCGGGCAACUCUGGGGGCAGCAGCCGUUGGGUGUUGAAUGUUCCCCACCGACAGCGCAUGGCUGCGGAAGCGAGGCGUGGACCCGGCUCCCGAGGGGCCGGUGUCCUAGCGGCGAUGAUGCUGUUGCUGUGCCUGGGGCUCCCCACCGGGCGCCCCUACAACGUGGACACCGAGAGCGCGCUGCUGUACCAGGGCCCCCCGGACACGCUGUUUGGCUACUCGGUGGCGCUGCACAGCCAUGGGGCGAACAGAUGGCUCGUAGUGGGGGCGCCCACUGCCAACUGGCUCACCAACGCUUCAGUGGUCAAUCCUGGUGCCAUUUACAAAUGCAGGAUCGGAAACAAUCCAGACCAGACGUGCGAACAACUCCAGCUGGGGAGUCCUGUUGGAGAGCCUUGUGGAAAGACUUGCCUGGAGGAGAGAGAUAAUCAGUGGCUGGGGGUCACACUUUCCCGACAGCCAGGAGAAAAUGGAUCCAUUGUGACAUGUGGGCAUCGAUGGAAAAAUAUAUUUUUCAUAAAGAAUGAGAAUAAACUCCCCAUUGGUGUUUGCUAUGGAAUGCCCUCUGAUUUACGAACAGAACUGAGUAAAAGAAUAGCUCCGUGCUAUCAAGAUUAUGUAAGAAAAUUUGGAGAAAACUUUGCAUCAUGUCAAGCUGGGAUAUCUAGUUUUUACACACAGGAUUUAAUUGUGAUGGGAGCCCCAGGAUCAUUCUACUGGACUGGUUCUCUUUUUGUCUACAAUAUAACUACAAAUAAAUACAAAGCUUUUUUAGACAGAUACAAUCAAGUAAAGUUUGGAAGUUAUUUAGGGUACUCAGUUGGAGCAGGACACUUUCGGAGCCAGCAUACCACUGAAGUAGUUGGAGGAGCUCCUCAACAUGAACAGAUUGGAAAAGCAUACAUAUUCAGCAUUGAUGCCAAAGAACUGAGUAUCUUACAUGAAAUGAAAGGUAAAAAGCUCGGCUCAUACUUUGGAGCUUCUGUCUGUGCGGUGGACCUCAACGCGGAUGGCUUCUCAGACUUACUCGUGGGAGCUCCCAUGCAGAGUAUCAUCAGGGAGGAAGGAAGAGUCUUCGUGUACAUCAACUCGGGCUCGGGAGCAGUAAUGAAUGAAAUGGCAACAGAGCUCAUUGGAAGUGACAAAUAUGCUGCAAGAUUUGGAGAGUCCAUAGUUAAUCUUGGUGACAUUGACAAUGAUGGCUUUGAAGAUGUUGCUAUUGGAGCCCCACAAGAAGAUGAAUUGCGAGGUACAAUCUACAUUUACAAUGGCCGAGUAGAUGGAAUCUCACCAACCUUCUCACAGAGAAUUGAAGGACUUCAAAUCAGCAGAUCAUUAAGUAUGUUUGGACAAUCUAUAUCAGGUCAGAUUGAUGCAGAUAACAAUGGAUAUGUGGAUGUGGCAGUUGGUGCUUUUCGCUCUAAUUCUGCUGUGUUGCUAAGGACAAGACCUGUAGUGAUUGUUGAGGCUUCCUUAGACCACCCUGAGGCAAUAAAUAGAACAAACUUUGACUGCACUGAGAACGGAGUGUCUUCAGUGUGCAUGGAUCUAACACUUUGUUUCUCGUAUAAAGGCAAAGAGGUUCCAGGCUAUAUUGUUUUGUUUUAUAACAUGAGCUUGGAUGUGAACAGAAAGGCAGAGUCACCAUCAAGAUUUUAUUUUUCUUCCAAUGGAACUUCCGAUGUGAUUACGGGAAGUAUCCAAGUUUCAAGCAAAGCUAGCAGCUGUAGGACACAUCAAGCAUUUAUGCGGAAAGAUGUGCGGGACAUCCUAACUCCAGUUCACAUUGAAGCCGCCUACCGCCUUGGGCAGCACGUCAUCGCUAAACAAAGUGCAGAGGAAUUCCCACCACUUCAGCCAAUUCUUCAGCAGAAGAAAGAAAAAGACAUUAUUAAAAAAAUGAUAAACUUUGCAAGGUUUUGUGCCCAUGAAAAUUGUACUGCUGAUUUACAGGUCUCUGCAAAAAUUGGGUUUUUUAAGCCACAUGAAAAUAAGACCUACCUUGCUGUUGGGAGCAUGAAGACAUUGAUGUUGAAUGUGUCAUUGUUUAAUGCCGGAGAUGAUGCUUAUGGGACCACCCUGCACAUCCACCUGCCCGUGGGGCUGUACUUUAUUAGGAUUUUAGACCUGGAAGAAAAACAAAUAAACUGUGAAGUAACAGAAAAUUCUGGCCUGGUAAAACUUGACUGCAGCGUUGGUUAUAUAUAUGUAGAUCAUCUGUCCAGGAUGGAGAUCAGCUUCCUCCUAGAUGUGAGCUCACUCAGCAGGGCAGAAGAGGAUGUCAACAUCUCAGUGCAUGCCACAUGUAAAAAUGAAGGGGAAACAGACACUUUAAAGCACAACAAAGUGACUCUAGUAAUACCUCUUAGGUAUGAAGUUAUGCUAACUGCUCAUGGGUUUGUCAACCCAACUUCAUUUGUGUAUGGCUCCAGUGAAGACAAUGAGCACGGAACAUGCAUGACUGAGAAAAUGAACUUCACAUUCCACGUUAUUAAUACUGGCAUUGGCGUGGCUCCAAAUGUUAGCAUGGAAAUAAUGGUACCGAAUUCUUUUAUACCUCAAACCAAUAAGCUGUUCAACAUUUUGGAUGUGCAGCCCACUACUGGAGAAUGCUACUUUGAAAACUAUCAAAGGGAGUGUGCAUUAGAACAGGCAAAGGGUGCUGUGGAGACCUUGAAAGGCAUAUUGAAGUUCUUGUCCAAGACUGAUAAGAGGCUGUUGUUUUGCAUAAAAGCAGAUCCACACUGUUUAAGUGUUUUGUGUAAUUUUGGGAGAAUGGACAGUGGAAAGGAAGCCAGUGUUCACAUUCAGUUGGAAGGCAGACCAUCUAUUUUAGAAAUGGAUGAGACUUCAGCACUCAAGUUUGAAAUAAGAGCAACAGCUUUUCCAGAGUCACAUCCAAAAGUUAUUGAACUAAACAAGGAUGAGAAUGUUGCACAUGUUUUAUUAGAAGGACUACAUCAUCAAAGACCCAUACGUCACUUCACUAUAGUGGUUAUUUCCAGUAGUUUGCUACUUGGACUUCUAGUACUUCUACUGAUUUCAUAUGUCAUGUGGAAGGCUGGCUUCUUUAAGAGACAAUACAAAUCUAUCCUCCAAGAAGAAACUAGAAGAGACAGUUGGAGUUAUGUCACCAGCAAAAGCAAUAAUGACGAUUAACUUAUUUUGAAAAGACUCAGGUUUCUGAAAGGCACUGUUCACAACAAAACAUGAAUUUGAUUCAAGCUUCUUCCUAGUACUUUUCGCUCAUGACUUUGUGACAUUAUGUCUUCAUGCAACAGGGAACAAUAUCCAAGCAAUGAUUAUGCAUUGAAAGAAAACUGCAAAAGUGUGAGUAUAUACCAAGAUAUUCUGCCUGCUGUCAAGAGGAUAGAAAAACACUAAAAUGUUCAGUUUAUUCAAGAAAAGCAAAUUCUGGAAGAUAAAUGGACUCAAUUAUCUUCCUUUUAAGGAAUUAUUAGCCAUAUGUGCUCACCUUGAUCAGCCCCGCUGGAUGGGUAGUGAUUCCUCUCAAUACAUCCCUCCAUGAGACUUGUUGGAAACCGUCUAAAUCUUUUUGAAGAGCUUAUUUCAAAGGAUUGUUCCCAAUUUUCCUAAUUUGUAAGGAUUACAUCAUCAUCAAACUGAUUUCAUCUUUAAAGACUUAUUUGUAACAUGCCCUGAGAAACUUGUGCCAACAAUUCCUUUAUUCAGAAGUCCAUGGAUAUCAUAGGCCUAAGGAGCAAACUUCAGAAUGAACUUAGACACUGCUGAGUUUCGCAUGGUGACUUCUGGGCAGUUCCUGUUUAUCAAGCUAUGGGUUUUUCCCCAUCAUCUUUCUGUGUGCUUGCAUUUUAAUAAUAGCUUAAAAUUCACUAGUCUCCUGUGUAGCACAACUUUA